AUGGGCUGUGUUUACUUGUGCAGUUUAGUGUUUCACAGACCCUUAGGUGAGAAGAUUAAGUCAUUCGUGUUCAAACGUCGCGUCAUGAACGUCCUAAUCCCACUGGCUUUGUCGGUAUUCUUGCUCAAUCAAAAUAAUGCUUGGUUUAUAAAUCAAAAAAAUUCUGGAGGUAUCGAAAAAACUAAUCUUAAAUCAAUAUGGGAUCUACUAUAUUUUGAUAAAGAAUUAUUGGAACGUAAUAUCCCUAAAGAUAUAUUAAAUAAAAAGAAGGUUAAAAGUUCCGACAUAUUUUCAUCUCUGAUGAAACGAACUCAAACUUCUCUAACUCCAUAUGAAAGUAUUGAUGUUAUGAGUGACUUGAAGCAGUUUUUUGAUAAUAUAAGUGCUAAUGUUAAGCAAAUGAAAGAAAAUCAACAAUCCAAAUACAAUAUUCAACGGAAAUAUGAUACAUCUUACCCUGGAAAUUAUUUUCGAGGACGUAAACCAUCGGAUAAUGUGAGGAAUUUUGUAAGAAACGACGAUGGGGAAUCAUACCGUGGUACGAAUAAUCACGACCCAGGCAUUUUAUGGACUGGACUUGGAAAGAAAAAACGUCGCUAG